AGCCACGUGGCCCUUCCAACCCGGUCUUGCUAGGCUUGGGACCCGGGAGUUCAGGGUGGGUAGGUUCGCAGUGGAGGCGUCGGGGGGUGCCUAGUCUGGACUAGUGGGUGAGGAAGGAGGGUAUUCUAGGGAUUGGUCUGAGGCUGUGUACGUGGGAUGCUCUGCGCUCCUCUUGCAGUCUCCUGUCCCCUUUAAUACAGCGCGCUGUGUAUCCCGACUCUGAGCCUCAGCUCACAUCCUGGGUCAGAAACGGAUAGGGGCGCUGUGUCCCGGCGUCUGAGCUCGCUCUUGUGCAAGCAGGGAGUGUCUUGUCUUAACCAGAGAAGCGAGCAGCUCAUUAAAGGCUCUUUUACAAUGAGGAUUCUCCCAUCCAUAUGUCAAGAUCAUUAAGAAUUCCUUGGAAGAUAUAACAACAAGAAUAAAACCCCAACAACUGUUCAGUAACCCUCUGAUGAAUUGAGGAAUAAAACAGGGAGAUUGGAUGUUCAACAAAAGUAGUCACCAUCAUGAUGGAGGAAGUACUACAUUGUCCAGUUCAAGGAUGAAUUCUUCAUGGAUGGUGUCCAAUUAAAAUGAAUGCAAUUCAGAGACUUUUGGCUUCCCAUCUAAGGAAAAGAAAGAUACCAGUAAGGUUUCAAAGCAGCGAUCGGCCAACUGUGCCUCUUGGAUCACGAAUUUUAACAGACCCAGCCAAAGUUUAUGAACACAACAUGUGGGACCACGUGGAAUGGUCGCAAGAAGAAGAGGCAACAGCUAGAGAAAAAACAACUGAAAACUCAUCUGUGAAAGUGAGGCCAGAAGACCAAGUCAAAUAUGAAAGUCAAGCCAGUAAAUAUUGGAAUAAUUUUUACAAGAUUCAUAAGAAUAAAUUUUUCAAGGAUCGUAAUUGGCUGUUGAGGGAAUUUCCUGAAAUACUUCCAGUUGGACUACAGACUAAAGAAGAGAAGGGGAAAAUGUCUUGGGAUCAUGUAAAAACUAAUGCCACAGACUCUUUCUCAAAAAUAGACUGCCCAGCCAUGCCUAAAGGAGUAGAGACUUGUAAAAAUGAUUCUGUUGGUGAUUUUGCCUACAGCCAAAGUGAAAUAAGGUCUGGUGACAGCCAACAUCCUAAAAAGAAGAGAGGAGAGGCUGCAAAGACCAAUUUGUUCCCUGGCAGCCAUGCCACUUUCAGGAUCCUGGAGGUUGGCUGUGGUGCUGGAAAUAGUGUUUUCCCCAUUCUGAAUGCGCUGAAGAAUGCUCCAGAGACCUUUCUUUACUGCUGUGAUUUUGCUUCUGGAGCAGUGGAGCUAGUAAAGUCCCACGCGUCCUACAGCCCAGCCCAGUGCUCUGCCUUUGUUCAUGAUGUAUGUGAUGAUGGCUUAUCCUACCCUUUUCCAGAUGGGAUCCUGGAUGUCAUUCUCUUAGUCUUUGUGCUCUCUUCUAUUCAUCCUGACAGGAUGCAAGGCGUUGUAAACAGAUUGUCCAAGUUAUUGAAACCUGGAGGAAUGUUGUUAUUUCGGGACCACGGAAGAUAUGAUCUCACUCAACUUCGUUUCAAAAAAGGAUGCUGUUUGUCUGAAAACUUUUACGUUCGAGGAGAUGGUACCAGGGCAUAUUUCUUUACAAAAGGGGAAGUCCACAAUAUGUUCCAUCAGGCUGGGUUGGAUGAAAAGCAGAAUCUGGUUGACCGGCGUUUACAAGUUAAUAGGAAAGAAAAAGUGAAAAUGUAUCGAGUGUGGGUACAGGGCAAGUUUCAGAAACCAUUGCAUUCAUUUCAUCAUAAUGACCCUGACGAUCUCAUUUUUGGGGUUUCUGCUGGUUGAAAGCAUACUCUCUCUCUGUAUAAAUCAAGAUCACCCCAUGCAAAGGUCUCUUCAAAAAUUAUUCCUGAAAGAGCAAUUAGAAGCUAGAAUUGAAUAUCCAUGUCUGACUCUUUUGUCAUGGGUGAGGCCUCCCAUUAGGCUUAUACAGACAUACACAUAUUAGGUGAUAUGGAAGGAUCCACUGUAUUUGAUGGGUUUUUUAAAAAAAUCAAUAAAUGUGAAUUGUUUGUUA